GCGCUCUCGAAGACGCCGUCGCGGUUCGCCCGCCGCGCCGCCUCCGUCUCCACUUCCUUCGACGAGAUGAGCCGCGCCGCUUCCGUCUCCGGUGAUCAGAUGCGGCGGACUCUUCGGUGGUACGAUCUCGUCGGGCUCGGAAUCGGCGGAAUGGUCGGCGCCGGCGUUUUUGUCACCACUGGCCACGCGAGCCGCCUCCUCGCUGGUCCUUCCAUCGUGGUCUCAUACGCCAUCGCCGGACUCUGCGCCCUCCUCUCCGCCUUCUGCUACACCGAGUUCGCCGUCCACCUCCCCGUCGCCGGCGGCGCCUUCAGCUACAUCCGCGUCACAUUCGGUGAAUUCGCGGCAUUCAUCACCGGAGCGAAUCUGAUAAUGGACUACGUGAUGUCAAACGCCGCCGUUUCGAGGGGCUUCACAGCAUAUCUGGGCACCGCCAUCGGAGUCUCCAGCUCGAAGUGGAGAUUCGUCGUCUCCGGCCUCCCAAACGGCUUCAACGAAAUCGAUCUCGUCGCCGUCGCUGUCGUCCUCGCCGUCACCUUCAUCAUCUGCUACGGUACACGGGAGAGCUCGAAGGUGAACAUGGUGUUGACGGCGUUGCACAUUGCGUUCAUAGUGUUCGUGAUCGUGAUGGGUUUCUGGAGAGGGGACCCGAAGAACCUGACCCGACCCGGGAAACCGGAAGAGCACCCGUCGGGUUUCUUCCCCUUCGGAGCGGCUGGGGUAUUUAACGGGGCGGCGAUGGUGUAUCUCAGCUACAUAGGCUACGACGCCGUUUCGACGAUGGCGGAGGAAGUGAGGGACCCAGUGAAGGACAUACCGAUCGGAGUCUCCGGUUCCGUCGCCAUCGUCACCGUCCUCUACUGCCUCAUGGCCGUUUCCAUGUCCAUGCUCCUUCCCUACGAUCUGAUAGACCCGGAUGCGCCGUUCUCGGGGGCGUUCAAGGGAUCGGACGGCUGGGAAUGGGCGUCGAACGUGGUGGGAAUCGGAGCUAGCUUCGGGAUACUUACGUCACUGUUGGUGGCAAUGCUGGGACAAGCUCGGUACAUGUGCGUCAUCGGUCGCUCCGGUGUGGUCCCUUCUUGGUUCUCCCACAUUCAUCCCCUCACUUCUACUCCGGUCAACUCCUCCGCUUUUCUUGGUAUCUUCACUGCAGCACUUGCCCUCUUCACCGACCUUAACGUCCUCCUCAACCUCGUCUCGAUUGGGACCCUCUUCGUAUUCUACAUGGUGGCUAACGCCCUUAUAUUCAGCCGUUACGUCCAGUUAGGGACCACCAAGCCAUGGCCAACGCUGUCCUUCCUCUGUCUAUUCUCCAUCACUUCCCUCGUCUUCACCCUCGUCUGGAAACUAGUCCCCCCUGGCCAACCCAAGGCCUUCAUGCUCGUGGCCACAGCCGUGGCCGCCAUAGCCGUCAUCCAGAUAUUCUAUUGCGUGGUCCCUCAGGUUCGGGAACCCGAGCUAUGGGGCGUGCCCUUCAUGCCAUGGACGCCUUGUGUCUCGAUCUUUCUGAACGUUUUCUUGCUCGGCUCGCUGGACGGGCCCUCGUACGUAAGGUUUGGGUUUUUCUCGGGGGUGGCGGUUCUAGUGUACGUGUUGUAUAGUGUACAUGCUAGUUCUGAUGCCGAGGGAGAUGGUUCACUUGGCGUGAAAGAUGUCGUCCAUGUCUUGAAGGAGUCGACAGAAACUGAGAAUGCAAUACACAGAGUAUGACAAUGACAACAAUGUUUCUUUAUUUUAUAUAAAUAUAUAAUUAGAGGGUAAGAUUAGAGAUUAAUCAAAUGUAACAAUCUCUUGCAGAAAGAGCAACACAUUGUACA